AUGUCGGACCUGGCUCCUUUUGUGGCAGCCGCCCUCCGAGACAAGGUGGUUUCUGACUUGCAGGCAGAGAAUGAGAGACUCCAGGAACAAUUGAAUGCCUAUCGCCGCAUUCAAAUCGUCACUGGUUCCCACGGCCAUUUUGAAGUCGAUGAAGAAGACUCGGAUGACGAGGACGCCAAACCCUUGGUCGUCCAUGCCCAAGGGCAGCUGGAGGAAGGAUCCAUUCUGUCGUCCAACAGGAACCUGUUUGAACUCAAGCUGGAAGGAAAGCAGCCAUGCCCCCUCCCAGAACUACGCAAUGCACGAAUCAUGGUGGGAGGGUAUCACAAGACCCACAUUACUCCCGACGAUUUCAUGGCGUACCUGUAUGAAAAUGACGAGUAUGAUUCGGACAAUUCCAAGUUUGUGUCGCUGUGGGGAAGUCAGUGCUGGGUGAUGCUGGUCAUCCAUGGGUGGCCUCGCGAGCACUGGUCGGAAGUGCUGCAAGCUGCAGAAGAUGACAUUAUGGAUCAACACGCCAUCUUACCCAUUCUUCUGCGGGGAUUACCGCGUCGAUUCCCUCACGCCACGGUCCAGUUCCUGGAAAUAAGUCUCCUUUCCAGAAUGAACCACGGAGCCAUUGACAAUCUACCCUCCGGCAUGCUUUCGCGCAUGCGGAGCGAACUGGAUAAACAGCUGUCACGGAAAAAGUUUACGGGAUACAUUCGACAACAAUACCGCAAGCUUGGCAACCAAGAAGACCCCGAAAGGUUUUACCAGCACUGCUUGGAGAUUGCCAAAGUGCUCGUUCGGAAGUGUAAGAUCGAUUGUGCCACGGAUCAGACCAAACCAACCAUUCGAAAGCUCGUCAUUAUCCACAACAAUACAUGCCGCACUUCUACUACAGGAUCAUUCAACUUUUUUGAAAUGGCGGAUCAGCUCAUUGCGGUUGGUGUUUCCAAGUCCAAGGUUAUCAAAAGCAUUGCUGCAAGAUGCUAA